AUGGUUAUCGCCGGCGCAACUAACGUUGUCAAGUGCAAGCUCCUCCCCUCAACGUUCAGGAAAUCAGCUAUGACCUGGUUCACCACCCUACCCACCGGAUCAAUAGCAGACUUCACAAAGUUCUCCAUGAAGUUCCUGUCACAGUUCUCAGCGAGUAGAUCUGAGCAAGUGACCAUUGCAGAGUUGUUGACGGUAAUCCAGAAAGAAGGUGAGACGAUUAAGAGCUACAUGUCUCGUUUCAAUGAAGUUUCCGUUCACCUGGAAGACUCAGUUCCAGCGGUGUGCGUUGCGACUUUCAAAAAUGGCCUCCGUGAAGGACAGUUGAACGAGAACCUGACGCGCCACCCUGCUUCGUCAAUGGUGGAGAUUCGGGAGUGGGCGCAUAGCUACAUACUGGAAGAGGAAGACAACCGUCAGAAGAAAGGACGAGACAGGUCUUCAUCUAACAACAAAGCAUACCCACCCCCUGCUAACCUCUGUUUCUAUUACAGCUAG